GCGUGGCAGCAUCAAGCAUACACAGAAUUUUGAUUUUAAACAAAAUAUCUAAUUUUAAUUUUCUGACAUUGACAAUAUUGUUGACAGUGACACUACUGUGUUAUUGACAGAUCGAGGAACGAGGAAUCAUUGUAACUAUUUCCAAUUUAGUGAUUGAAUAUGACUGUGAAAUACAUAAAUAAUGACGACAUUUCAUGAUGAAAUAGAAAUUGAGGACUUCGAAUAUGAGGAAGAUGAAAAUAUGUAUUACUAUCCCUGUCCUUGUGGCGAUAGGUUUCAAAUAAGCAAGGAGGAGCUGCUGGAUGGCGAGGAACUUGCAACCUGUCCAAGCUGCUCACUGGUGGAAAAGUUAAAGGCAGAAAAUGAAGAAAAACAUAAAGCUGACAGCAACAGAGAAGCAGUGAGAGCAUAACAUUCUGAAGACAUAAAGUAUGUACAGUGUACAAUGGUAAGCAGCCACAGAAUGAGCCGACAACACAGGCACAGACAGGUGUCUGCACUAGUCGUGGGACCUAAUAUAGUUGUUCAACUAUAUUCUCUAGUUUCAUUCAUGUUACCUCUUUUAAAUCACCACUUGUUGCUAUUUUCUUAAUAUUAUAUUUUUUUACAACACAAUGUUGUUGGUAUUGAUGAUUAGCUACUUAUUGACCAAAACAGUUAGCAAUACAUGAGGGUUGCAGGUUUGAAAUCUGUAGUCAUUAGUUUUUUCAAAGCUUCUUAAUAAUUAUAUAUGUGUAUUAAUAAUGUUACAUGCACAAUGUACACAUGUGGUAUUCAC